GCAGCCUGGGACCAAACUCCCCCCCAUGGCCAAUUUACCUGGGUCGGCUUCGGCGGACGCACGCAGUCCCAAGGCGACGGCGUCGGCUACAAAGGCAACGUUGGCGACCCAUGGGGUAGCAACAUCAUCCUACUCGACUCCGAGACCAGCGCUCCAAAUUACAAGUACGUCGCGCAGCUGCACGGCCCCAAAGAUGAAAAUGCGGAAUCCUGGAGAGUUGUCUUCUGGAACAAGAUCGGCCCAGAUGGAAAAAUGUCUGGGUGGUACCAGCACUCUGCGCUUGAGUUUGAUAUGUUGCCUAACGAGAUUAAAUACGUUGCUUUUGACGAGAACUCGCAGGGUGCGUUUGGCGCUGUACCCGGUGAUCACCUUCCUAUUGAUCAGUGGGGUGGCUGGUCUAGUACCUGGGGCGAGUUCGAUUUUGGUGACGUGAAGAAUCAUGCUAUGUCUGGGUGGGAUGUGUCGUGUAUUCAGGCGCAGAAUGCCGGGCAAGAGGUACAGGGGAUGAGGAUGUGUUUGUCGAAUGGUGACAAGUGUUCUACUAUUACAACAGAUGCGAAGAAGGUCGAGAAUGCAUAUCCGAGUGAUAAGGCUGGGGUUGAUGGGCUAGGAGGUGUUGUUGGGGCUGGGGCUGUUAGGAUCGUAGUUGAGCUAGACUAUGAUGAGUAG